CAGAUGAAGCAUGUUCUUCAUUCACCAGACUGAGCUUUCACAGUGCUGUGGUUGGUACGGAACUAAACGUGAAGUUGUUGCUGUACACAAGGAAAAACCUGACCUGCGCACAAACCGUCAACUCCACAGCUUUUGGGAACUUGAAUGUGACCAAGAAAACCACCUUCAUUGUCCAUGGAUUUAGGCUAACAGGCUCCCCUCCAGUUUGGAUAGGGGACUUAGUAGACGGUUUGCUCUUUGUAGAAGACAUGAACGUGGUUGUCGUUGAUUGGAAUCGAGGAGCUACAACUGUAAUAUACACCCACGCAGCUAGCAAGACCAAAAAAGUAGCUGUAGUCUUGAAGGAAUUUAUUGACCAGAUGUUGGCAAAAGGAGCUUCUCUUGACAACAUUUACAUGAUUGGAGUAAGUCUAGGAGCCCACAUAUCUGGGUUUGUUGGAGAGAUGUACGACGGGCAGCUGGGGAGAAUUACAGGUCUCGACCCUGCGGGCCCUUUAUUCACCGGCAGUCCUCCCCAGGAUAGAUUGGAUCCCAGUGAUGCCCAGUUCGUUGACGUCAUCCAUUCCGACAUUGAUGCACUGGGCUACAGAGAACCAUUAGGAAACAUAGACUUCUACCCAAAUGGAGGAUCAGAUCAACCUGGUUGCCCCAAAACAAUAUUUGGAGGAUUCCAGUAUUUUAAAUGUGACCACCAGAGGUCUGUGUACCUGUACCUGUCUUCCUUGACAGAGGACUGCACUAUCACUGCUUAUCCCUGUGACUCCUACCGGGAUUAUAGGAGCGGCAAGUGUGUCAGUUGCCUCACACCACAAAAGGAGUCCUGUCCCCUCCUGGGCUAUUAUGCUGAUCAUUGGAAAGACUAUUUAAAGGAGAAAGAUCCCCCAAUGACUAAGGCAUUCUUUGACACAGCUGAGGAGAAGCCAUUCUGCAUGUAUCAUUACUUUGUGGAUAUUCUAACUUGGAACAAGAACAUAAGAAGAGGGGACAUUACAAUCAAAUUGAGAGACAAAGCUGGAAACACCACAGAAUCCAAAAUCAAUCAUGAACCUGCCACAUUUCAGAAAUAUCACCAGGUGAGUCUACUUGCAAGAUUUAACCAAGAUCUGGAUAAAGUGGCAGCAAUAUCCUUGAUGUUCUCUACAGGAUCUGUAGUAGGCCCCAAGUACAAACUCAGGAUUCUGCGAAUGAAGUUGAGGUCCCUGGCCCAUCCAGAAAGGCCCCAGUUGUGCCGGUAUGAUCUCGUCCUGACGGAAAACGUUGAAACAGUGUUCCAACCUAUUCUUUGCCCAAAGCUGCAGAUGUAACCGUUGCCAGGACACGUGGGCACCAGUAAUACCAAGAAAGCUGCCACUACAGGCUGUUUUAAAGCUUCACCUCACCUUAUCAUCAAGGCUCAAAAAGUACAGAAAAACCAAGGCUUUUUUCAGUA